CAGCUUCCAUUUUCAUUUUUCCCUUCACUAUAUAGAGAGAAGGCAUACAACAGGAGGCUCUCAUUUGUCUUUAAUAAUUUCCCUCAAAAUGGAGUCUCAAGGAUGUCUCUGCCUCUUGUGGGCUUUGCUUGCUUGCUACCUCUUCUCUUCUUCUGUGGCCUACAAUAGCUUCGACGUAGGUGGCAAAGAUGGCUGGGUUAUAAACCCCUCUGAGAGUUACAAUCACUGGGCCGAGAGAAACCGGUUCCAAGUCAAUGACUCUCUUGUCUUCAAGUACAAUAAAGGGUCGGACUCUGUGUUGCGGGUGACAAAAGAUGAUUACAGCAGCUGCAACACAAAGAAGCCUCUCAAGAAUAUGGAUUCUGGUUCCUCUGUGUUUCAGUUUGACAAGUCUGGUCCUUUCUUUUUCAUUAGUGGAAACGAGGAUAAUUGUCGAAAGGGACAAAAACUGAUUGUUGUUGUGCUUGCGGUCAGAACAAAACAAACCUCAACACCAGCAUAUCCCCCAGCUAUAUCCCCUAAAGCACCAUCCCCAGAAGGUCACAAUCCAGCUCAAGCGCCAUCAAGAUCCUCAGCACCGAUUGCUAAACCUCCAACCUCGUCUCAUGUGCCAUCAGUGUCACCUGUAUCCCCAUCACCAAUUGCCAAUGCUCCGAGCAGCAAUGCUCCAGCUGGGGCUCCAGGGGCGUCACCAGUGCCAUUAAAGUCUCCAUCUCCACUGGCUAAUACUCCUUCACCAUCAUAUCAUCCUGUUGCCUCUCCAACACCAGCAAGAUCACCAUCUCCAUCAAGUCCAACUCCAGCAAAACCGCCAUCUUCAUCAACUCCAUCCCCGACACCUGAGUCCAGUUCUGGGCCAUCAUUAUCACCCGGCACCAAUGAGGCGAACCUUGCCCCCACUCCAGCUCCAGCUGCUUCUUGGGUUGCAACUCCUUCAACUACGAUGGUUAUUGUGGCCUCUCUUCUUAUUAGUUCUGCUAUUAGUGGAUGGCCUUGAGGAGAGAACAAUUAUUUCUAUUUUAGGUUGAAGUUUUUUUUAAGUUUUCGGGCUUAAUUGUUAUUGCUGAACUUUAUUAGAAACUAUUUUCUUUUGUUUAUAAAAUUCUCCGUACAUGUGCUGUAUCGAAGAUUUUAUAAUACUGAUAUUUUAAUUAA